AUGGGUCUUGUCGGAACCCUCCCACGAGAAAUCGGGAAUCUUUCUUUCCUUGUCUCUUUAAAUGCGAGUCACAACUCUUUUCAUGGCCUCAUUCCCCCAUCUAUCUUCAACAUGUCAUUUCUAGAAGUUUUGGAACUAAAGAAUAAUAGUUUGUCUAGUAGUUUACCUCUUGAUAUGUGCACACACAAUCUGCAUAGACUCAAGAGGCUUCGUAUAUCUUACAACGAGUUGUAUGGGGAAAUACCAUCGAGUUUGGGGCAUUGUUCACAGCUUGAGUAUCUUUCUUUGGUCCAAAACAAUUUCAGUGGAUUUGUGCCGACAGAAAUUGGGAACUUGACCAAGCUUCAAGAGUUGUACCUUGGUGAAAAUAAGUUGACUGGUCCAAUAUCAUCCACCAUUGGGAAUCUAUCAAAUUUGGAGUAUUUAUUGCUCUCUUCCAACAAAUUAAAUGGUGAGCUUCCAUUCUGCAUCUGCAACUUGACAUCCCUUCAGUUUCUUCUACUCUCAAAUAACAGUUUGGAAGGGACAGUUCCACAAUGCUUUCGAAACUUGAGCAAAUCGUUGUCCAUAUUUCAUUUAAAUGCAAAUAACUUUAGUGGCCCCAUUCCAUCAAUAUUUAUCAAAGGGUGUAGUCUUCAGUCCAUCAAUUUGAGUGGUAAUAAAUUGCAAGGAAGAUUACCGAAAUCCUUAAUCAAUUGCAAAAGUCUGAAGGGUCUCGACGUUGGAAAUAAUAGAAUACAAGAUGAAUUUCCCUUUUGGAUGGAAGGUCUUCCUGACCUUCGAGUGCUCGUCUUGAAGUCUAACAAGUUUGAUGGUAACAUGUCGCUGGCUUCACGAAGCAACCUUCCAUUUCCUAAGUUGCAAGUUUUAGAUAUAUCAGAGAACGAAUUUGUGGGGUCUCUACCUCGAAAAUAUUUCAAAAAUUUCAGAGCAAUGAUGGAUGUGAAGGAAAAUCAAAAAGAAAGAUACAAUAAUAAUGAUUGGCAAUUUCAAGCAUUCGUGGAGAUGACAAUCACCUUGAAAGGCUUAGAUCAGUUAUUGAAGAGAUUGUUGGAAACCUUUACAAUAAUUGAUUUAUCCUCCAAUAAUUUCUCUGGGAGUAUUCCAGAUUCCAUAGGUAAUCUGAAUUCUCUGAGAUACUUGAAUUUGUCGCACAAUAAUCUCAUGGGACACAUACCUGCAUCUCUUGGAAAUAUAAGUGUGCUUGAAUCAUUGGACUUGUCAUCGAACAAAUUGGACGGAGGAAUUCCAAGUGAAUUGACGAGGUUGACAUUUCUUGCGAAAUUAAACCUGUCAAUGAAUGAUCUAGUGGGGCAAAUACCACAAUCUACUCAGUUUUCGACAUUUGAGAAUGAUUCAUAUGUGGGAAACUUGAGAUUGUGUGGAUUUCCGUUGACGAGAAAAUGCAACGAGGAGAAUGGGCAGCGGAUGCAGCCAGAAGAACAAGAUGACGAAGAUGAUGAGUAUGGAUUUAUAGAUGGAUUUGGAUGGAGAAGUGUGGUGAUGGGAUAUGGAAGUGGAAUCAUAGUUGGAAUUGGAAUUGGUUGUUGGAUUAUUCGAUUUGGAAGGCCAAGAUGGUUGGUGGAAUUCUUUUUUGGCGUUGGAUAUAUAAAUAAGAAGAAGAAGAAGACAAGGAAGAGAGCUACUCCAACACAGAGGAGAAGUUGAUUCAAGACAAGCAUAUAUCAUGAGCUUUUCUUUCUUGCUUUUUUGUUGUUUUUAAGACUUUAGAUUGUUGUUUUUUUUAUUGCUACUCGUGAGUUUGUGAUUUAGAGUUUAUAAAAUUUCCUGCUGCUACGUGACGCAUUAAUCUCAGCCUCCCCAGAAGCCAUCACACGAAGAAAACGACAGUGGUUUUGCUGAUUUUCUUACAUUUUUCUUCAUUCUUCGUUGUGGGUUUUCUUUGAAAAGUGAUUGUGAUGGAGUCCCGGUAUGAUAAAAGCAGUUAUUUUCUUGUUGGCUU